GUUUAACGUGUCCAGCUGGAAAGAGCGAAGACCACGGGCAGCACGCAUCGAGUAGACCUGAACCGUUCUCUACCACUAAAGGAAAAGAGCAAACGCAAAUAGAGAUGUGGCGUCGCACGAGCACGAUAACCGGUGUGCGCCUCUCGUGCCGCGGCGGCAGCGGGGUGAGUGGCUUCGUCGUCGUCGCCGGCUCCUCGCACACGUUAGACUCCACGUCGUCCUCAUCUUCUCUCCUCACCUCUAGACGCCACGCCGGCAUCGAUCUCCUGUCACCGAUGGCGAAGCUCGGCCAGAGUCGCGACCUCGCGGCGGACCUGAAGGCCGGCCGUCAGCGCAAUAACCGCGAAAUCAUCGCCUCCUUCGAGAAGAUUCAAACAAUGGACGAGAUUCAUUACCGUAAGACGGAGCGGCCGUGGGAGCUGGUGCAGCGCUACGCCAAGAAGCGUGUGACGGACCUCGUCGGCAUCCUCAGCUCCGAGGACCGCAUGGAGAUCGAGCAGGCAAUCGAUCAGAUGCAGUCGGUCUGCAAGACGGAUAUGUACGUGGUGAUUGUGCCGACGGUGGGUUACACCACGCCGAAGGCCUUCGCGAACUCUAUCUUCUUUAACUGGGCGAUUGGCGAGCCGAACGGCAACGGUUUGUUGUUGGUUAUUGCCCAACGUGAGGCAACGGUGCAGCUGAUCAGCGGGCUGUCAAUCGAGGAGUACUUUGACAAUCACUUCUUGGCGCCCGCCGUGCGGGAGGUCUUUCAGCCGCUGGUGCGGGAGGGCAAGCCGAGCCAGGCAACGGUGCAGCUCGUCUACGCCAUUGCACGGCAGGCGCAGGAGAUGCACCGCAAGUGGGAGCGUGGCCUUCUGGCCCUGCCCGUGCGGAACAAGGUGCGUUUUGCCGGCAAGACGAUGCGGUACGGCGUGAAGGAGGUGCCCUACCUGGUCGUUGGCGUGGUCUUCUUCACGGCGGUCACCGCCUGGCUCGUGAGUCAGCUGCUGGACACGGUCUGCCCGGACUGCCACCACCUCAUGCACCGCGUGCGCGACGAUGCGACGCUGCAGCAGCUCAUGACGCAUGGACAGUACCUCGAGCUCAUCAACGGGUGUGCGUACUACCGUGUGUGGAAGUGCCCGCACUGCGCCACGGGGCACAGCGUCGUGCUCUGCUCGCGCGACAUGCACCAGAACACGAAGUGCCUCCAGUGCAUGGACUGUCAGUACUACACGUGUGCGCUGGAGAAGGACGUGGUGAAGCUGCCGACGCGGCACGAGGACGGCCUGAAGCGGCUGACGUACACCUGUGCAAACUGCCACAUGGGCCGCGAGGUGCUUUUGCCCUUGUACAGGCUGGUGGACGCGGACGCGGACAAGCAGUGGUACGACUUCCUUGUGCAGGGCAGUCAGACACAUAAGAAGGCGGAUGUGAACCUGAAGCUGUAG